GUUGGAGCUGGAUGAAAAGCCCUGGAAAAUCCGCAUGUUGGUUCAGACAUAUAAAUGGCAGAUACAUGGUGGAAUCAUGCCAUUGUUACACAUAUUCUGGUGGCCCUGUUUGGAAUGGGCUCAUGGAUCUCUGUGAACUCAUUAUGGGUUGAGUUGCCAGUUGUUGUAGGUGUUCUACCUGAAGAGUGGAACUUGCCAGCCUAUCUUUCAGUGCUGAUUGCAUUUGGGAAUCUGGGUCCAGUGGCUGUGACUUUAACCCACCACUUUUCUCCAGGAUGGCUGAAUGAACGCUUGGUCAUCCACAUCAUACAAGUGCUAGCAGUGGUUGCAGCUGCAUUUCUUGCUCUCUUUUGGUCUCAGGUGGUCACAGUCGCUGGAGAGCCAAGAUCUGUCCCGUUCAUGCUGCUUACUUUUAUCCUGUCAUUUGUCUGCUGUACUUCCAACGUCACCUUCUUACCAUUCAUGUUCCGUUACCCCCCACAAUACAUCCGGACGUUCUUUGUCGGACAGGGUCUUUGCGCACUCUUUCCCUGUGUGGUCGCUUUGGGUCAGGGUGUAGGGAAACUAGAGUGCGUUGAGACGGCCAACGGCACAGAGCCCCACUAUCUUAAAGAAAAUUUCCCUGCCCAAAACUUCUUCUGGUUCUUGUCUGUGAUGCUGGCAGUUUCGGCCCUCUGUUUUUUCAGUCUGACAAACAGAGUGGUCACUUCGACUGCAGCAGAGGAAAUUCCAAAGACUGAACAGGAAACAGUGAGAACGGAGGAAGAGACACACCCUUUACAAAACGGAGGUUCCCCAGUUUCUGAGGAACAAGUUGAAGUUGAAAAACAGGCACCUGUUGUGGCCUUCUGGACGUCACGCAAUAUAUACCUGCUCCUGUUGCUGGGAAUAUCCAAUGCUUUGACCAACGGUGUGCUGCCGUCCGUGCAGAGUUUCUCCUGUCUGCCUUAUGGCACCAUGACCUUUCACCUCUCUGUUGUCUUGGGCAACAUUGCAAACCCUCUGGCCUGCUUUGUGGCCAUGUUUUUCCUACUUAGGUCCAGCAUUGGUCUUGGAAUGGUGUCACUGGGAGGCUGUAUUUUUGCUGCCCAUCUCAUGGCCUUGGCUGCGCUGAGUCCCUGUCCACCACUUUUAGGAAGUCAGUCUGGAGUUGCUCUAGUGAUCAUAUCCUGGAUCAUCUUCACCGGCUUGUUCUCUUACCUGAAGGUUGUAGUUGGGACUCUGCUUCACGAAGCAGGGCAUGCAGCUUUGCUUUGGUGUGGAGUCUUCAUCCAGGCUGGCUCUCUCAUUGGAGCUCUCACGAUGUUCCCUUUAGUCAGUGUGUACCAGGUCUUCCAGCGAGCCCAGGACUGCACAGACAACUGCAGUUAAUAUUACAGCACUUGAUUUUACACUCACUCUAUGCCUUUAUACAACAGGUAUCACUUCUAAUCUAACAUGGAAAAAGAUGGUAAACCUGAUGCCUUCACAGGACAUUUCAAGUUAAUGGCAAUGCAAAAAAAGAGCUACACUUGAUCACAUUGCUUAUCUUUGUGUUACCCGAUGGCACAUUGAGAAUGUAAAUAAUAUGUGGUUGAUACAUUUGAGUCACUUUAAAUGUGUGUGUGAACACCUUGACCUUGAUCUAGAUUAAGUGAGAAGUGUUUUCAUGCACCAAGACAAGACAUCUGUGUUUGGAUAUCAGAGCAAGUCUGAUUUCAUAAUGGAAAACCUUGGUAUCAGCAUGUCAGCAAUUGUUUAGACCAGAAAUCACAAGUCAGCGAUCUAUAACUACAAUAUAAACUAUCCAGUAAGUAGACUUAUACUGUCUAUACAGUAGUAGUAUUAUACACAGUAU